GUUUGACAGCUAAUCACGACCAGUCAAGUUGUCCGAGUAUGCAAUAAAAGUUUGCUAAUUUUUAUGAAAUCUCAAUAAAAGCAUGUGUAAUUAUAUUAGGUUACGUUACUAGUAUUUCUAAUCUUUUUAUUUCUCUAGACACUGCCUUCCAUUUGUACUUGAAAAAAUCCUAUAGUGUAAGGUUAGAUACCGCUUGUCAAGUACACGUAUGCAGUGCUUGUGGUGUAAAGUUUUGGUGAUUACUGUAUGAUUCGGAUCGAAAUGACGUGAGGGCCCUUGGAGAAAGACGGAGUCAAGAUGUUGCCACUGACGCAGAAAGACACGCGGCUCCCGCGCGGGCCCUUCGGUGGACUACGGGAAAAGUUCCAAAACUGGUUUAGGCUAAUUUAUUCUGAUAAGAAUUCUAGGAAUUUGUUCCUUUUCCUUCUACUUAAUUUGUCUUUCGCAUUUGUUGAACUUUUUUAUGGUGUAUGGACAAAUAGUUUAGGUCUAAUUUCGGAUGCAUUCCACAUGUUCUUUGACUGCACUGGGCUAGUGGCAGGUCUAGCUGCAUCCUUAGUGUCCAAAUGGCGAGCAAACGAACGCUUCUCGUAUGGAUACGCGAGAGCCGAAGUAUUAGCUGGCUUUGUAAAUGGACUGUUCCUGUUAUUUAUUGCAUUUUUCAUUAUGAGUGAGGCAGUGGAACGAGCUAUUGAGCCUCCUGAGGUGAAACACGAGCGCCUAUUGCUGGUAUCUAUCCUCGGGUUUUUAGUCAACAUGGUGGGCAUCUACGCCUUCCACCACGGCCACGGCCACGGCCACGGGGGCCACGGUCACUCCCACGGGGGCCACGGCCACUCCCACAACCACCACGGGCACUCCCACGGGGACGAGAUCGAGGCCCCCAACGGCGCGGGGUCGGCCAUCAUGCGCGGUGUGUUCCUACACGUCCUAGCAGACACUUUAGGAUCGGUCGGUGUGAUUAUAUCCGCUAUUCUCAUGAAGACAUUCGGUUGGAUGCGCGCGGAUCCAAUCUGUUCCAUGGCGAUCGCGUUACUCAUCGCCGCUAGUGUUGUUCCGUUAGUGCGCGAUUCAGCUGGUGUACUCAUGCAACGGACUCCAUCGUCCAUCGAGCGGGCGCUACCAAACUUAUACACUCGGGUAGUAGGCCUUGCCGGGGUCCACGCGAUUCAGGAGCCACACUUCUGGACCCUGUGCAGUGACGUGCACGUGGGCGCCAUCAAACUUGAAGUCGCCAGAGAGGUUGAUCCACGCUACGUCACGGAACAAGCUAACAGGAUUUUCCGGGAAGCAGGCGUCAAACACCUCACCGUCCAACUGGACUACUCCCCGCUCUGAUGAAGAGCCUAGAUCACAAAUGUACAGGUUUCCACUUGGUGGAAGUAAAUUUUGUAUAUAAGGAAUAUGUAAUGUGUAAAAUUGUGCGAAUAUGAAUUUGGUUCUCUCUCAAUUUCCAAUAUCUUACAAUGGGGUUGCAUACCUACUUAUAGUUAAACUGGAUAUUACGAAAAUAUAUUUUUGUUUAGUCGUCUUUGUGUACCCCUUUGUAAUUGUAUUUAAAAGUAUUGUGAUACAAUAAUUUCCCCUACAAACUUAGAAAAAUACUGCUUGAAAUGUUUGAAAGUAUGUACAGAUGUUUUUUACGAGUAUUAUUAUAUUUUCCUUUUAUAUAUUUUGUUAUUCUUUGUAUUAUUGGUUUAUUUGUGUAAUUCUUCGUAGCAUUCGUAAAUGUACCUACAUCAAAUUAUCUCUCAAUGCCCCUGGUUAUAUCUUUGAGCUCCAAUUUUCCACAGAAAAUAAGUAUUAUAACUAUUAAUUAAUAGUUACAUCUUGUAUUUUUGUUACAUUCCAUGUAUUUUUUCUUUAUUUUAGGUCUUACGCGUAGACGCGUUUCGUCACAACCACAUUUUAGGAUGGCAUCUGUGGUCACGUUUUCCAUGGUUUCCCAUAACUUAUUGUACCAAUAAAAUACAUCACGGUAUAGCAAAUUAUUUUUUUUAAAUCAACAGAAAAAACAUUUUAGUUAAUACUUUUUAUCUUUUAAAUAUAUGAAUAAAAUCAAUGGUUGCGUCAUCUUGCAACAAAUCAAGAUUAUUUAGAUAGUAUUAGAUAAUUAAUUGAUGAUUGAUAAAAAUAAGUGGAAGAAAGUUAUUGUAUGAAUCCAUCGACAGAAGGCACGUGGUCCUGUGUGACUAGCUUAUCUCUCAAACAGGGAGCGCCGAUUCGAUCCCACUGUUGAGUUAUUGAUUUAUCUUAAGUGCACAGCUCGACCAUUAUAGACGGCGAUGCGGCUCACCACCUAUCAUAUUGGUCUAAUAGAAAGCUCGGGUGAAGCAUGGGUAUUUAGUUCAUCUUGCGAUGGAUGUAGGCUGACUAGCCCAAUGAGAACAUGGUCGUGAAGUCAUAUUAAGUAAAUCUUCCAUCCAUCCAUGUUUAUUUUGUGUGUAUAACAUCAUCUUAUCAUAAAAAUUAGCAAAACUUUUGUAUUUUAAUUUAAAACGUAAGAGUUUUAUUUUGUGUUCUGAAUAUUUAAUCGAAAGUCGUAUUUUAAGUUUUAAGUACUCUUUGAAACGUAUUAUUUAUUAAAUUGCGUAUUUCAGUGGUUCUCAACUAGAUUUUCCUAUGUACCAUUAAAAGAAAGUUGGUUUUCCAGACACAGUAGUUAAACUAUGGGCUUUCGAUUUUAAAAAGACAUCCGGUCUUACGACUCUAAACUCUUAAAAAUGAUAAAAAAAAUGCAUAAGAAAUAAUGAGUCACUUUAGAACCAUGCCCCAUUAUCUUUAUUUGACAUAUUGAAACCAGUCUCAGUAAAUGUCAAAUAUGUUAAUGUGACAGGGUUCUAAAGUGGAUACUUGAUAGUGCUAUCUUCUCCUAAUUGGGAACCACUGGCAUAGUUGUACAAAGUCAUGAUGAUUGAAGACUAUUGAUGAGAUUGAACAGUUGUGUAUAAGAAAAUGUUCCCAACAAAAUGUGCGCCUAGGAAAUUAUGAAAUUGCAUUAUAGAAUGUUAAAUACGCACGUACUUUAGGGCGCCUGCAUACAUUGUUAUUCAAGAAAAUGUAUACCUUAUGAAACCGAAUUUUGAACCCAAACCGGGUCGCUCUAGUUUGCGGGAGGCCUUAUUUCGUAUAAAUACAAAUUAAAUGGUACUAUUAAAUCUUCACAUUUUAUCUACUUAUUUGAAUCGUUGGUAAAUUGAGUGAUGUACCAUUGAUUAAUAAUAAAAGAGAUCAAUUUUUA